CCUUUGACGAGGGUCAUCUACUGCAUUAUCUACUCUCAGAGAGGGGCAUAGCGUUCAAGGGAAGGAGCAUUUGCAUUUUUCGGAAAUGGGAUUCGGCAUCGAGGCGUUUAGAGGUGUGUUGCAAAAACAAAGCAAGAGAGCAAGCAUACGGCGGGCAAUUGGGUAUUUCAAAAAUAGGGGUCUGGGGUCUCUGGGUUGGUUUUGUUUAAAGAGGACGAGAUCCAUGGCUUGUUUGUUUCUUUGGUUUUUUUUAUUUCAUUUCUUCGUUUCUACAUCUUAUACAUUCGACCGCACACAAAAAUGCGAUGAAGCCUUUUACUUCUUUCAUUUUAUGCCUCUUUUUUUCCCUUUCCUAUUUUCCCUUUGUCAUGGCAUUGCUAGCAAGUAGCACUAGGAACAUGAAGGGUAUUAUUGCUCUGUCCGAAUUCUUGGUAACCCAACGUCCACUAGUCUCUUUUCCUCUUUGUUCG